AAUGGCGUGUGAGAGCGUAUGUAUUUGUUUUUAUAUACAGUUUUUAAAGUAACCGUAUUUGAUGUGACGAUCCCUUCAAUCUUUGCAUGCUUCACCAACUCUUCACUAAAUGAAAACCCAAAAUGAAAUUCUUUUGAUUUCAAUGGAAAUGUGAUUUGAAAAAAAAAAGAUUGUUCUUUGUGUUUGGUUCCCAUCUUCACUCAAAGAAAACCAACCCUUUUUCUCUUUUCAAAAUCCGAGCAAAACCCAGAUGAUAAACUUUGGUAAAUGGUGAUCUCUUGUGGGUAUUUAUUGUUGUUUAUUUCUCUGAUGUGGGUGUUUUGAUUGUUUCUUCUUGGUAGUUGUGUUGUUCUUUUUGUUUUGUUGUUUGUGUGAUGUUAGAAGCAAGCGCUGAGAUUGGUCAGAAGAAGAACAUGAAGGAUGAUGAGGAGCUUGGUAAGUUGUUAGAUGAGAUCCCUCAUGCAACAUCACACCACCACCACCAUCAUCAUGUGCAUCAACAGCAUCAUAACAGUCAUGUGAACGGGCCAUCAUCAUUCCGUGUUAUGUGUUUUAGGCAUGAUGAUGACAUAUCAGGCCAUUAUUAUAAGCAUAAUACAUGUACUUCCCCUGUAAGCGGUUUCUCUUUACAGUCAGAUGGUUCUUCCUCUAGUCUGUUCUCUAACAAUGGGCAGUCUUUAUCUGACAAUGGAUCACAAACCCCACCUCCAUUAGAAGACCUUAAACCACACUUGUCUAAUGGACUGUUCCUUGAUCCAUCUGAUAGGAGAAAAGCCAGUAGUAGCGACAGCUUGAUUGGUGAAAUGGGUCGUUUUAGAAACCUUAGUGAAAUGUAUAUCAGUAAUGAUCAAGAGAAUGUUGGUUCUAGUUUUAAAGAUUUCUUCCAUGAAUCCCAUGGGAUUCUAGUGAAUGAUCAUAUCGAUGUCGAGAAUUAUGGGGCUUGUGAUAAACUGAGGAGGGGUUUCUCUGAUGUUGCUGGAAUUCAGUCAUCCUCUGUUCCAGUGAGUGUUCCAUUGAGUUUUCAUGGUGAGAUGAAUAUGUCAUUUUCUGGAUUGUCUCAGCACGAAUAUAGGAUGAGUAAUUUAUUAGGGUCUCAAGAUGGUUUAAUUUCUCAGCUGGGAAUGAAUUGUUGGAAUGGUGCAACAAUGAGAUCUCCUUGGCAGAAGAAGGAACCGAUGUUUACUUAUAACAUGGGAGGAGUUUCUGUAUCGAGUUUAAGCAGUUCUUUGAGUAAGCUUUCGGUGAAUGAUGCUUUAAUCUACGGACAGUUGAAUUGCCCGAUUAGGAACGAAGGACGAGGUGAGUUGAAUUUCCAUGGUUCUCCAAGGUUGAUUCAAUCAACCCCUCAAAACGUGUUGCCCCUAUCCAAUGGAAUGGCUAGAUCACAUUCAACUGUUAAAAUGCCACAUGGAUGUCAUACUGUUGAGGAUAGUUACAUUAUUCAAGGAGAAGGUUUAAAUUAUGUGAUAAAUAAGGGGUCUGGUUAUGCAAGGGCUCAAAACAAGGGUUCCCUGCAGGAGAUUGGUGCGAGUAAGCGUCAAAUUGGAGUAGCUUGUGGAAUUGCUAAGAAUGCCAAGUUAUGUAGUCCAUUCUCUUUGCCACCAAAGUAUAACUCUUUGGCUGAAGCUCGUGGACACAUUUACUUAUUAGCGAUAGAUCAACAUGGCUGCAGGUUCUUACAAAGGCUAUUCGAUGAGGGUACUCGACAGGAUGUGCAAAUGAUAUUUAAGGAGAUCAUUGAUCAUGUAGUUGAACUUAUGAUGAACCCUUUUGGGAAUUACCUCAUCCAGAAGUUAUUGGAAGUGUGUAAUGAAGAACAAAGAAUGCAGAUUCUGUUAAUAGUUACUGAAAAACCGGGGCAGCUUGUCAAAAUAUCUCUGAACACUCAUGGCACUCGCGUAGUUCAAAAAUUGAUCGAGACUCUCAGCACCAGGCAACAAAUUUCACUAGUUAUAUCAGCCCUUGAGCCUGGGUUUCUAUCUCUCAUCAAGGACCUGAAUGGAAAUCACGUUGUCCAGCGUUGCUUGCAAUGUCUUAGCAGUGAAGAUAACAAUUUUAUUUUUGAUGCUGCUGCAACGUAUUGCGUCGAUAUUGCAACUCAUCAACACGGUUGCUGUGUUCUACAACGCUGCAUUAGCCAUUCAACUGGGGAAUAUAAAAAAAAGUUGGUGGAAGAAAUAUCAGCCAACGGGCUUCUACUUGCACAAGAUGCAUAUGGAAAUUAUGUUGUUCAGUUUAUCUUGGAGUUAAAAAUCCCGUCUGCCACGUCAACUUUGACUUCUCAAUUUGAAGGGAACUAUGUGCAUCUCUCGUCACAGAAAUUCAGUAGUCAUGUGGUUGAAAAGUGUCUUGUCGUAUUGAAUGACGAAGGCUGUUCAAGAAUCAUUCGUGAAUUGCUCUCUACAGCUCACUUCAAACGGCUGCUACAAGAUCCACAUGCAAACUAUGUUGUGCAAACUGCUGUCCGCGUGUCUGAGGGACCACUGCACAACUCACUCGUCGAUGCAAUCGAGUCCUGUAAGGCCAUAUCGCGCAACAGCCCAUAUUCGAAGAGAAUUUUCUCUCAGAAGCUUCUGAAAAAGUGAAUGUACAUUCUCUCCGUCUCUGAAAGCACUGUUGUUUUGUCUCUAAAUUUCUUUUAUCUAUUAUAACUCGAUUUAACCAUAAAAACGGCUCGUGCCGAUACCCCGAGAAAGAGUUUUUUAUCUUCUCAGAGUGUACAUGGAAGUGCUCUUUCCAUGCAGACUCCGAGGAGUAUAAACUUAGGACAUGUAUUAUUUUGUUGUCUUGUUGAUCUAUCUAUGAAUUGGAUAUUAUAUCAUCUUUAUUUGCUUUCACAACUCUCACUGCAUGAAGUUGUGCAGUGUAUAGAAUGUUUAGGGUCCUUGAUUCCUGCUGUACAGUACAAUCUGAACACCAUUUU